CUUAUGGUCGUCCUACUGCCUAUGCUGGUGCCAGUCCCAAUUUAUUCCAGCCUACUGAAUACAUGCCAUAUGACUAUCACGGUGUUGCCUAUACUAAUUAUGGACACAUGCCUCCUCAUCAUCAACCACAACAAGGUCAACAACAACAAGGUCAACACUCAUACCCUAGCACCGCUUCUCCUGUACCCAUAAUGUCUCAGCAGCAAUAUGUACAUGAUCGUUCUACUUCUUCCAACAGCAAUACAAAUGAAACUACAGCAUACCCAAAUAAUAAUAAUAAUAAUAAUCAAGAAUAUGAUCAUGAUGUCAAGGAAGAACAUGGAGGACAUCCUCCUCAUAGUUCCUCCCCUUAUUAUUGGCAAAGAAAUAGUAACAAUACAAACGAGCAACACCAUCAAGAAGAACAAGAUCAUUGGAACAGAAUGAGAAUCGCCUCCAACAACAGUACCUCCAGCGUUGAUAAUUCGCAACACGCUGGUCCUGAUGGUCAGCACUACCCAGGUUAUAAUUACGAUUGGCAACCCAGACCCAAGAUGUCCAACACAUAUUCCUAUGAAUCUGAUAGAAGACAUGAAUAUAACGAAAGACAGCAUCAUGAAACACCCCCUCCACCUCCUCCUUCUACAAAGGCUGCUAUUGUCAAAUAA